UUGCAAUUUUUGUAAACAACCCAGUAGUUUUCCGUAUAUGAGUCAGAAAUGACACGUUUUCAAUGCUCUCCAUGGUCUUUCCACCUGUUUUUGGUCCUGACGGCUGCCCUUGCCUCUGGUCAGAAUUAUUGUGAUCCGGCACUUUGUCCUAAUGGCCGACACGUGGCCUGUCAGAGCAGCGGACGCUUCGCCAGCGGCUGCAGCGGUGAGUUUGUGGCAGUGGACCCCCAGAUCCCGCUGAUCCUGCGGCUGCACAACGAGCGGCGCAACCUCCUCGCGGGCGGCGGAGUGAGUGGCUUCCCCAGCGCCUCGCACAUGGGCACCAUGGCCUGGGACGCGACGCUGGCCCAGCUGGCCGCCUACAACGUGCUGCAGUGCCGCAUGGCGCACGACGAGUGCCGGAACACCAACACCUACCGCUACGCGGGCCAGAACCUGAGCAUCCUCUUCACCCGGAGCGUGGACGUGGGCGACUUCCUGCGCCAGCGGAUCGCAGCCUGGUUCGACGAGAGCCGCGACGCCACCAGCGCGGACAUGGAGAACUACCAGAUGCGGGGUGGCCCGGCCAUUGGCCACUUCACCACCAUGGCGAACGAGCGCAACAACAGAGUGGGCUGCGCCAUCGCCCGCUUCACGGACUCCAACGCCGCUCAGGCCACCCUGCUGGCCUGCAACUACGCCGUCACCAAUGUCCUGAACAACCCCGUCUACAGGGCGGGCCAGGCCGCCUCGGAGUGCACCUCGGGCCGCAACACCAACUACCCCAACCUCUGCUCCCCCAGCGAGGCCUACAACUACAACCAGUGGUCGGGUUAGCAAGGGGUCCGCUCCAGAACCCUCUUCCCAUCAAAUUCGGUCACCUGGGUGCUGGAAACUACCAAGAAUAAAUAAGCUGGGACCGUAAUCUUUAUGAGUUGUAUUUUAAGACCUAAAAAAAAAUCAUUAUUUUUGAUAAAAAAAAAAUAGAACAGAAUUAAUCAUUAUUUUUGAUCAAAAUAAAAACUCAGAAAUAAUCAUUAUUUUUGAUUUUAAAACAAAGCUCCAAAAUAAUCAUUAUUUUUGAGUUAUAAAAUAAAUAAAAAUAAAAUAAUCAGAGAUAAUCAUUCUUUUGAUUUUUUGCUCUGGA